CCGUAGAUCAUCGCCAGCCCAGUCUCGUGCAGGAACCUGAAUCUCCUGUGUUUGAAGAGCCAAAUGGUCAAAAUGCAUGGCGACAGUGCUGUUCCUGAUUCUCUACCUGACCGGGCAUGUGGUUGCUGAAAACCUUCCAGAUGUGGAUUGCGUGGUGGUGCAUCUGGAACAUGUUCGCUGUUCUUGGAAUAAUCCGAACCCUUCGGCGGUCGUUGACAGAUUAUACGGCAGGUUUGAACCAGAUAAAGAGACGGAGUGCAACGUCAGCGUGGAGUGUAUCUUCCCCUAUAAAGAGAUAAACAGGAAAUUCUUCCUCUUUUACACAAGACUCGUCCGUGGAAACGCCACAGUUCGGAAAACACACGACCUCAAAACAAAAGUGAAACUGCAUCCGCCGACCAACCUGACGGUCAAACAGGGACCCGACUCCAACUUAUGGUUCUACUGGAAUCAGACGAUCGCUCACUGUGUGGAGAAUGAGGUUCGCUUCAGGACCAGAAACAGGAAGUGGGAGAGCUCAAACACCUACAAGGGUGAGCAUAGUUACUGCAUCCACUUGCCUUCCUCCAAGUACCGCUACGAGCUCCAGGUCAGGAGCAAGAUCCACCGGGACUGUGGGGAGUCUAGGAUCUGGAGUGACUGGUGUGAUCCUGUGGCCUGGGGAUCCAACAUCACCACGGGUGAACCGUUGCACGCCAACUCUCACAGCUACGACACUGAGCGAAACCCACCGGAGCAUUCGGUACCUGUGUGGACUGUUGUCCUUUGUGUCAUGGGUUCCGCCACCGCUGUCCUGCUGGCACUGAUGUUGCUGCAGCGAGAGAGACUGAGAGUCAUCUUCAUCCCUGUGGUGCCGAAACCCUUGAUUCCUCUGGAUAUGGAGAACUGGCUUCAGAUCUCCAAAGGCCUGAAGGAAGGAUUCAAGACCAGCUACAACGACCUCGCCUGUCCCGUCAGAGAGUUCUGCCCCUUGACCUUGUCGACCACCUGCUUGUCUGCAGACUCCAGCGCAGGCGUCUCCUCUGACAGCCAGGAGCUGGAGAAAACCUGCUGUUGAAUGUGGAAUGCUGGUGAUUUUUCUCUGUUUCCGUGUCAUCCCCAACCUUUCUUCCGACUUGUGUCUGUUCUGGGUGACGCCUGCCUCUCUCUUUUAUUUUUUAAUUUUUUAAAUAAGUGUUUGCCAACUUCCAAAUGGGCAAAUGAAGCCGAUGAAUGCAGACGCUUAUGAAAUGUCAUGUUGUUCGAAGGAAGUAUGGCUGAAAUAAAGAUGUUCUUGACAAGAGGGUCUUAAGUGUCUAU